GCCUCCUGCUCCCCGCGCUGCAGUGACGCUAGUGGAUGGUGAAGAUGCAGGCGGUACAGUCGGCGCUGGCCAUCCGUCGCCAGAGGUCCAGGAGGGAGGACCAGCGACGAGCCAAGGAGCGGCGGGAGAGUCGCGCCUCACUCUCCACCCCGAGGCCCUCCGUCGUCAGCCUCGAUGGACGCGUCUACUUCAACGAGGAGCGGGAGAACAAGAAGCUGCUGGGGCAGGUCACCAUGUUCCACGUGGGCUCCGUGUUCAUCGUGAUCGGCCUCAUGCUCACCAUCACGUCCCUGGUGCCUGGCUACGUCAAGAGCACCACGCCGGAGCGACGGAGUAACCUGCUGGGUACCGGCUGCUUCUUCGUGUUCCUGGGGGGCGUGUUGACCACCAUCAGCCGCUUUGUCUCCAACAACGAGGAGAAGGAACUGAACAAAUACAUCAAGGGUCGCCUCGCGCGCUCCAAGUCCGGUCAUCGUCUGGUUCGCGAUGCGGAAAGCGGCUUACCCACUCCCACCCGUGAACGACACAAGCCGCAGCAGAACGGCGUCGUGCCACUCUCCCCCGCCAAGGCCGCCGGCAGCGGCACCAAAGGUGGACACGUCAAGAAGGCAUCGCUGGCCUCAGACACCAAGGAUGAGCCGCCGUCGCCCACUCUGUCGACGCCAGACUCAGAGGCCGAGUGCAGCUCUCCGGGGAUCCUUGACGACAACGGGGUGCCCGUGCCCGCCUCGGCCUCUAUGGAGCCCGUCUUGUCUCGGAUCCUCGAGGAAGACGAGAACGACGCUGAGGUCGACACCGCCACCACAGAACCCAACGACACCACGCCGGAGUCAUCCCUCACCCCCACGUCGCCCCUAGAGACACAGGGGCUCCUGGAGCGUCAUCUCUCGACCCCUAGAAAGGGCUCCAAGUCCUCCUCGAAAAGUUCCAGCAAGAGUUCCCGGCACUCUGGCGUAUAGAGGACGGAGGAGUAACUUGAGAAUAUCUCUCGCAGCUUUGACAGGUGAGGGCGUCCCUCACAGCUGUGACGUAGACAACAAUAUCUUUCAAAGCUUCAACAUUCCAGUUUAUGGAAGGAAAGAGGAUGACGUCACUCAGACUGUGACACUGAAAAGCUUAAAAUACAGAGUCACUCAGAGGGCACAGCUAGACCCCCUCAAAUGUUCAUCUCCUGUGGCGUUUUGGCAAAUGUUUUUUGGCCAGAAAUAUUUGUCCUGUAGUGUGACAAUGGGUUUACUUCUUCAUCUCUUCAUAACGGUUACUGUGCACCAAAACAAAUAUAUUUAUAAAUUUCACAAGUUUGUUCCCGGAAAAAAAUAUUAUAGAUGUAGAACAUUUAUGCAACAACCUCAUGGGAGGAACACAACUGGUAAAGUUUAGUACAGGUGGUGGGGGAGAGUGUCUGUCCCAGAGUCUUGAUGACGUUAGUAAGGUUGAGCCGGGUAGCUACUUAGAGAACUUCCUGCAGGUUUCUAUUUAGAUGUAUGAUGCCUGGAGAUCUCACUAAACCUUCCAAAAGGACUUGGAGACUUUGUCAAUGGUUUUACUUAUCUGGGAGGUUUUUUCUCUGCUAGGAAGGUCUGGCAGGUUACAAGCUGCCUGGAUAACAUUAUGGGUCUCCGAGUUAGUAGAGAAGACAUGGUGUGCCUAGAGUUCCCGCCAGGACAGUCAGAAGAGUCAUGUACUGAGACUCUCCUGAAGUAUGACCGCCACGACACACACACCGGGAGAGUCCUGGUCCUGGAGCACACAAGGCCGUGGGAAGACUGAUCACUGGACACACCACCAGACGUUUAUCAUUACUAUAAACUCCUGCUAAAUAACCUCACACAGUUACUUAUGACGUUAAGAUAAAAGUAAUGAUGCUAAAAGAACAAGUUGUCGUCGAGGAAGUGACUUGCCAUCAAUACAUUUUUAAAACCCUCUUAAUCUGCUUUUUGUUUAGUGUAAGUCGCUAAAUAUCUCAAAAGACAUGAUUAUAUGCCGGGGGGUGAGGCACUUGGCUGGUGCGUGUGGACCAGCACACUAGGGGCGGCUCUUAACCCAGUCAUAUACACUGAGGAUGAGUAAACCAGCUCUCGUGUAAACUAGUUCUUGGAGUUUACUCUUCACAACCAGUUCAUUUUAACCUGCUAAGCUUGAAUCAAGAAAGGGUCACCGUACCUGCCUAUAAUAUACAUAUAUAAAUACUGUAUGCAUAAUAUGUGUGUGUGUAUGUUUGUGUAUGUGUGUGUGUGUGCUUAAAUCUAGCAACACACAUACACAUAUAUACACCUUAAAAAUAACAACAUUCCAAUUUUUCUGCUAAUAAGAAUAAUAAUGAUAAUGAGUUAUUUUUCUGUAUCGCUUCUGUAAUUGACCAUUUUUUAUGAUAUUAUAUUUUUGAUAAUGAUUUACCUGCGAUGUUUCUGUUGAUCGUCAGACUUUUGGAGAAACCUGGGGAUGCUUCUGUCAUGUUUACAGUAACGAUUAUGUCUUUCUUGCUCUCAUGCUCACUCCUCACCUGGGCACCUGUCAUAUUAGGCCCCAGAAUUAAUAGACCCCAACCUGACCCCGACCAUGAGGAUUAGGGUCCCAGUCUUAAGGGGGGUCCAGUCUUAAGGAAGGGCCUAGUCCUAAAGGGAGGGCCUCAGUAUAAUAUAUCUGACCCUUAAUGGCUAGGUUAGGUCAGGUCAGGACUGGCAGGAUCUCGUUAGGAGGUAGGAUGGCGACUGGUAGGACUUGGAUGUAUUAAAACUGGUUCCUAUGAGGACUUAGACGAAAUAGGACUGGUUCCUAUCCCUACCGUCUCCUAUAAGAACCGUUUCCUAUACACACCAGUUCUUAUUACGACUGAGGUCUAUUAAAACUUGGCAAUAUUAGGACUGGUUCCUAUUAGGACUAAGAUCUAUUCCAAUGGUCCUAUUUAAUACUGAGGCCUAUUAGAAUCUGUCCCUAUUAGCACUGGGGUCAAUUAGAUCUAGGGACCUAUUAAGACUGGUGGCCCAAGAGGACUUAGUAUUUCCCAUCACCAUCAUCAUCAUCAUCAUCAUCAUCAUUGUCGUGUUCCUACAGUGUGUGUCAGUCAGUGGAUCAUUAUAAUCAUCACCUCUCAUGUCCAGCUGUUUUUAAUGUUAGUAAACAAGCCAGUCUCUGUUUAACCCUCCUCCCCCACCGCCCCCCCCCCUCCCCUCCCGUCUCUGUAACGCAUCGUCUUGGAGAUCCAGUCCAGUCUUUAACACGUUUCUGCGCCAUCUUGUGACUUUCUAUACAGUGUCCAUCAGAAGUUUCAUUAUAGUAAUACAGUAUAUUAAAAAACAACAACUUUCAGUCUUGGGUGACCACAGUGUGUAUUUACCUGUACGUGAGUAUAUGUGGCAUUUAUAAGUGGUCAUGUGUGGCAUUUAUAGGUGUUUAAGUGAUCAUAUGUGACAUUUAUAAGUGUUUAAGUGAUCAUAUGUGACAUUUAUAGGUGUUUAAGUGAUCAUAUGUGACAUUUAUAGGUGUUUAAGUGAUCAUAUGUGACAUUUAUAAGUGUUUAAGUGAUCAUAUGUGACAUUUAUAAGUGUUUAAGUGAUCAUAUGUGACAUUUAUAAGUGUUUAAGUGAUCAUAUGUGACAUUUAUAAGUGUUUAAGUGAUCAUAUGUGACAUUUAUAAGUGUUUAAGUGAUCAUAUGUGACAUUUAUAAGUGUUUAAGUGAUCUUAUGUGA